AUGGCGCCCCAGACGCGUAACCACUCCCCGGCCAUGUCUAACGGCGGCGGCGGCGACGAGGCCAGCACCCCGGCAGCCGGACCCGGUGACGUCAAGCUUCGCCGAGCCCAUAGGAAGUCUCGCAAUGGCUGCAAGGAGUGCAAGAGGCGCCACGUCAAGUGCGAUGAGACUCGUCCGACCUGCGUCAACUGCGCGACCGCCGAGCGCCACUGCUCCUACCUCGACUCUCUCCCGGCCUCGGCCCGCUCAGCCGUCCCGGCAAAGCGCGUCCUCGUCGCCGGCGGCCACAGCCCCGCGAGCGUGAGCUCCGGGAGCCAAGUCGUCGUCAUGGGCGGCGUCCCGGUCUCGGCGCCCUCGCCGUCCAUCACCACCGUCGUCAACGACUUCGUCAUGCGCUCCGGCGAGACGAACGAGGUCCUCCGUCCAGCCAAUGGCCAGUUCUUCACCCUCGAGCACCUCCGCCUCUUCCGCCACCUGCAGACCGCCAUGCCGACCUUCGUCACUGUGGACGAGUUCCAGAAACCCAUGAUGGAGAUGGUCAUGGAGGCCGGCUUGAGCGCCCCCUACCUCAUGGACAUCCAGCUCGCCCACGCAGCUAUGCAUCUGGCCGAGACGAACCCCGACCGCGCCGACUUCUACCGCCACCAGGCCACCCAGCUGCAGACACGCGGCCUCAUGCUCUUCAACGAGGCCAAGGAGGAGGUGUCGGACGAGACCUGCAUCCCCAUGUUCCUCUUCUCCUCCACCGUCGGCAACCAGGUCCUCUGCGAGACCCUCCGCAACAACAGAGACGACUUCAACGCCUUCCUCGACCAGUUCGCGUGGUACCUCACCAUCCACCGCGGCGUCAGCGCCGUCACCGGCAAGUCCUGGAGCGUCAUCCGACAAUCCGGCGCCAAGGGCUUCAUAGACUUCCUCGAGGCCAGGCAGCCCCACGCCCAGGUCCCCGAGAUGGACAUCCUCCACCGCAUGCUCGACCAGGCCGACCUGGGCCCGGCCUCCCUCGAGGCCUGCCGCGCCGCCGCCGAGGUCCUCCGCCACGCCUACGCCAUCUACCGCAGCAUCUCCGAACGGUCCACCCACCAGUCCUCGUCCGUCAUGGCCUUCGGCGUCCGCAUCACCACCGGCUUCAUCGACGUCCUCAAGCAGCGCCGCCCCGAGGCCCUCGUCAUCCUCGCCUACUACGCCGUCCUCCUCCACUGGUGCCGCGACUACUGGGUCUUUUGCGACGCGGGCCAGUUCAUGAUCCGGUCCAUCUCGGCGCACCUGGGCGACUACUGGUCGGAAUGGCUCGCCUUCCCCAACUCUGUGCUCGAGGGCCAUCAGCAGCAGUAUGCAGGCUGA